GGGUAUAAUUUGGAUAAGGGUGGACAAAGUAAACUCUUACUUUGAUGUAAUAACAAAGCCUGAAGUUUAUGAAUGAAAUUAAAGAACAAAACGUCUCUGUAAUCCUCUGCACGUGAGUAAUCGCGCGGUUGUCACGUGACUGUCGUUUGCAGUCAUGGCCGACGACUACAGACGAAGCGUCGAGCUGGAGAGGAGGAUUUUUGAGUUAGAUAACAAGUGUGCCACUCUUCGGACAGAGAAACCAGAUGAUGACUACUUACAGAAUGCAUCUUCCAUACUUGACAAGUUGAAAACCCAUUAUAGACAUGGAGGAGAGAGCAGCAGCCUCCCUAAACUGCUGCAGGAUUAUACACAGGUUGUCUUGGACAUAACAUUCUAUGAGGAAAACAGGCUUGUAGAUCAGGAGUUUCCCGAGGACACUUCCCCUUUUAAAAUUCAGCAGUUACUACAGGACUUGACAGAGCCAGAGGUGUUGGCAGGGCGACUGAUACCUUCACAAGAGGUGCAGUCUGUGCUGGGGCUGGAGCUGCUGGAGUGCCUAUACUGGAGGCGUGGGGCAUUAUUAUAUAUGUACUGCCACACACUACACCAACGCAAGCAAUGGAUCAAGAAGAACAAAGCCACUUUCCUUAAGUGUCUUCAAGAAGGUGUGCGUUACCUUAUGAGAAUGUUGCAAGUGAGGAACUCAGUCAAGCUAAACGAUGGUGUGGUUUUUCAUGACUCUGCAACCGCCAAUUUUCUGGCAGAAGGUAUCUUUUCUGAUACUCACUUGCUUACAAUGAUGUACAUUGGUGAGAUGUGUUUCUGGGCAGUGAAAUAUGAGGACUGCAGCAUGGACACCACAGAGCGCAAAGAGGACAGGCUUCAUUUCCGAGAUAUUGGCACACAAAUCCUUCAUAAGUAUGUGCUGGCAUGCGAGGGGCCACUUCAGGGUCAGGGCUGGAACACAGAGAAUGCCAAGGAGAUCCUUAGUAUCUUGCAGUAAACCUGGAGAGAGCUUUUAGGAGAGGGGAUUCACAAAAAUGUCGUUGUUCUGAAACUAGCAAAAAAAAAAAAAAGGCACUUAUCUUCCGGUCCAGAUUUGUUUUCUGGAUGUGUGUUUUUGCCGAGAAUGUGGAAUAAUACUUCUAAUGUAAAAUAUAAACAAAUAACUAUUUGUUUAAGAAAAAAAAAUUCCAACCAAGAAACAUCGCAACUUUUUAUUUAUUUUAAUUUUAAUUAUUUAUUUUCAAUUCAUUACAUUUAUAAAUGUCAUUUAUAUAUGUUAAAAGAAAUGGUACAAAGGAGAGGAAAAUGCAGGUAUAUGUUGCAUAUUUAAGUAUUUGUGACCAUUUUUAAGUAUGGAUCUUUUCAUUUUAAUAACAUCUAUGUAUAUGACACCUCUUCUGCUCACUUAUUAAAAGUUGCAUCUUUAUCCCUUUCAUUGACCAGAUGUUUAGAGAUGGGAAUUUGGAUAUUUUGAUAGUAUACUUUUAAAAAGCUAAACUUUUUGGUCAUAUUCUUUUAAAAAUGAAGUUAAUUUUUUUUUUUUUUUUAUGUCUUCGUUUAAAUAAAUUUUGGGUUAAGAAAUGUUGAAAAGUGAA